AUGGCAGAUGACAAGAAGUGCUGGGAGUGCCUCAAGCGACGGCACGUCUGCGACCGCUCGCGCCCGUCGUGCAAGAAAUGCGGUGUUAGAGGCAUCAACUGUCCCGGCUACGACCACAAGCCGCUGAAAUGGAUGGCCCCGUGCCAGACAAAGGCCAAACGGCGCGGCGCCGAUCCUCCGAUCCGGCGUGGCGAGCGCUUGGCCGUUGCGCCGGCGCUCGAUGUCUGCCCCGAGGCUACACAGGCCUUGGAGGCUAUAGAGUACUACAAUAUCAACAUCUGCCCGGACUUGUUGACGACGGGGGCAGCCGGGUCUGGAAACCCCUUUUUUACAUCUCCCAAGCUUGCGCACGAAUUACCACCCACCAUUCUCCAGAUCCUCGCGUCCUCGGCUGUCGGCCAUCGUAUUCUCCAAAGUAGCCCGCGGCCUCGGUCCGAGAUAGCCGUACUCACCACCAAGCUGCAAGUCCACCGAGGCGAGUCGUUUCGGCUGCUCGCGCAAGCCAUGGCGCAGCCGGCGUCGCAAAUAAGCGACGAGACGCUCGUCUCCAUCCUGGUGCUGCUUCUUGCAGAGAUUCAGCAGUCCGUCGCGUCCUUUACUUGGCGACUGCAUCUGGACGGAGCCUCUGCCAUUAUCCGCGAGCGAGGGGGGCUGCCCGGCGUCUUUCUGUCUCGCCCAAUAUUCCGUCACCUGCUUCGAUACUUUGUUCUGGUAGACGUCAUGGGUAGCACUACGGCGCCUUGCGUCGAAGCUGAAAGGGCUCGUCGCCAGCUGGAGCUGGUGCCUUUACUGCCAGACCUGUUUGGAGAUGGCCUGCUCACUUGUUUCCCAUGUGCUCCGGAGCUGCUCCAGGACAUCAUCGCGAACGCGCUGCCGCUGCUUCAGCGCAUACGGCGCUUUUCGGCAUUGAGCUGGGCAGCCGAUGUCAAGAUGGCCAUGUGCUGUGCGCGAGAAGAUGUCUCGAGUCGGACAGGAGCGGCGGAGACGAGCUCCUGGGAUUGGCAACGUAUCGCACGUAUUUACCAGGCGGCCGUUGCACUCUAUUGCGUUUCGUCUGUCCUUGGAUGCGAAGUAUCCGGGAGCCGCGAGUCGAAGUCAGCCAAGAGCUACAAGGAAACCUGUGCUGGGGUGAGCGGCAUGAGACUCGAGUACUGCUCCGCUCUUGUCCAUGAUCUCCGCGCCGUGGCUGCCAGCUCGAACCUUCAGCUACGAAAGAUGACUAUCUGGCCGCUCAUGGUUGCGGGGAUCGAGGUUGACACGGCCGAUGAGGCCGCGAAGCGCUUCAUUGGGGAUGAAUUGGCUUGGAUCAGCAGCGCGGUGGGAAUUGCGUCGCCCCUGCCGGCGGAGCAAAACGUGGGCGAGUUUGUUCGAUAA